AUGUCUCCCUUGCGCAAGCCUGUCGGGAGUGAUGGGCCUCCUAUUCCAGCCACCGGGUUCGGAGCCAUGGGCCUGAGUAUUGGUUAUGGCGCUGGAGGUUCCGAUGAAGAAAGGUUCAAAGUGUUGGACUGGGCAUGGGAGAUUGGCUGUGUCAACUGGGAUACGGCGAUCAGCUACGGCGACAAUGAGCACCUGAUCGGUAAAUGGUUCACAUUACACCCUGACCGCCGCAAGGACAUAUUCCUCGCCACAAAGUUUGCUAUUGAGGGUUCCGGUAAAGGGAUAGAAGGCAUGUUCGUGGAUUCGUCUCCAGAGAAUUGCAAGAAGUCCUUUGAGACCAGCCUGCGCCGGCUCGGAGUGGAGAGCAUCGACCUUUAG